CCACCGAACACCAUUUUUAUAUAGAAAAUUGCAGAGAGAGAGAGAGAGAGAGAGAGAGAGAGAGAGAGAGAGACCAGACGAUAGCUUGGAUGAUCCCAAUCCCUUGGCUUUUUAAAUAGAAAUCAAUACAAACCCAUUUCACUUUUUAUAUACUCUCCAUACUCCGUAGAGAAGAAGUACCUUUCGUUAUCUCAGUCUUCUCAGAAAUCCAAUCUUUCAAUGGCUUCUUCCAUACCCAUCUCCCAAUCUAAUGCUUUUCUACACGAAACCCACUUUAAAACCCCGAGAACUCGGCCCUCUUUCGUGCCCGUUACUCUCAGAAAUCCCAAUCUCAUAUCUACCCCCUUUACAAGCAGAUUCUCUAUUGGGAAGUCUAGUAGUAGAGCCGGAAUGCCUUUGAAGAUGACUGUCGUAUCGGCGACGAUCGCCGAGAAGCCCAAGAAGCGGUAUCCGGGCGAGGCGAAGGGGUUUGUGGAGGAAAUGAGGUUCGUGGCUAUGAAAUUGCAUACAAGGGACCAGUCGAAGGAGGGGGAGAAGGAAUCGGAUGCCCCGCCGAUCGCGAAAUGGGAGCCGUCGAUUGAUGGGUAUCUGAGGUUCUUGGUGGACAGCAAGGUGGUUUAUGAUACACUCGAGACGAUUGUCGAGAAGGCUGCGUAUCCUUCAUAUGCCGAGUUCAGGAAUACAGGCUUGGAAAGGUCAGAGAAAUUGGCUAAAGAUUUAGAGUGGUUCAAGGAGCAAGGUUACACAAUUCCAGAACCAUCUUCUCCAGGGACUUCCUAUGCCCGUUAUCUGGAAGAUCUAUCUGAAAGGGAUCCUCCAGCAUUCAUCUGCCACUUUUACAAUGUCUAUUUUGCUCACUCUGCCGGAGGUCGAAUGAUUGGUAAAAAGGUAGCUGAGAAGAUACUAAACAACAAGGAAUUAGAGUUCUAUAAAUGGGAUAGUGAUCUUUCCAAACUGUUGCAUGAUGUGAAAGAGAAGCUCAACAAAGUCGCUGAAAGUUGGUCUAGAGAAGAGAAGGACCAUUGCUUGGAGGAGACUGAAAAGUCCUUUAAAUACUCAGGAGACAUCCUCCGCUUGAUACUCUCAUGAUGCAUGAGACCUGUCGCCCUUGUGGACUGUAAGUUAUGCCUCAGCACAAGGUUUAGAUGGCACAAUGGCUCUGUCUAUACUCUUUUUUCUUCUUUUUUUUCCUUGUUAUCGUAAAGGUACAUUGCUACUUUGCUGUUCUUGUUCAUAGGAAAGACGAUUGUUUCCAUGAAUAAGUACUUUAUACAUUUUGUGUUUGGGCUUU